UUUUGCAAGAUUAGCUAGUGUAGUUGGCAGACCUAUUAUGACUGAUUCUCAUACAGCUUUGAAGACUAGGAUGAAUUUUGCGAGAAUAUGUGUUGAAGUCGAUACUGAUUGUACUUAUCCAGCUGAGAUUCCUUACAGAAUUGAUAAUGAAAAGUUUGUGGUUAGGGCAGAGUAUCCAUGGAAACCCCCAUCUUGUACUCACUGUAAGAGUUUUGGUCAUCCUAGUGGUAAGUGUAAACUUGCACCGAAGACUAAAACCAUUUGGAUUCCAAAGAGAGCCCCUAGUAUCCCAAUUGAUACUGCAGAUGUAGGAACAAGGGAAGAGAAUGUCACAAUUGAACAAGGGGGUGGUAUUGGGAAGCAAAUGGGAGUGGUUGAAAUCAACAAUUCUUCGAACUCUACUCAAGAAAGAAUAGAAAGUGCUAAAGGGGAUGAUGUUCUGGAUUUGGCUCCUAAACCAGCUGAAGGAAAUUGGAUAAACCCAAAGAAGAAGAAGAAAUCUGGAAAAAAAGGAGAAAAGGUACUGCAGGAAUCUACAGUUCUUCAGAACCCUUACAACAUUCUUGAUUCUGAAAUGCCUUUUGCUAACUUAAGUGAGGAAGAAAUUGUGGAGGAAGAUAUUUCCAUUGAAAAUACUAGUGAACCAGGGGAGGUCCGUUUUGCAGGAAUAGAAAAGAAAAAAUCUGAUGCAGAAAACGCUAUAAACUCUUCAAGAGAAGAAAGGAGCAAGGAGACUAGUUCUAAACAGGUAGAUGCACUUUUUAAGUUCUCUGCAUUGUUAGGAGCAUCUAAUGGGGCUACAGAAGAGGAAAAAAGGAGCAUCUUCACUGAAAUAACGGAUAAGCACCAGAAAACUAGGAAGGAAAGGGAGCUUGAAAAAUUAGGUUUGAAGAGUGAGCUGAGCAAUGAUUUGCUAGGCAGAGGACAAAGGAAAUCAGCAAAGAAGAAAUAUUGAAGGCGAUGGAUGGACCUGAGGCGAGAGUUGCCCACUAUUUCGAUCUGAUCUGCGGAACAAGCACGGGAGGCUUGAUUACUGCUAUGUUAACAGCACCUGAUGAAACUAACCAUGCACGUUUUACUGCACAAGAAAUCAAUAGCUUCUACUUUGAUCACGGAGCAAGUAUAUUUCCAGAGAAGAAUCGGCAAGCAUUGUAUGGUUGUUUUUUUUUUUGUUUUUUGAUUGAAAAAGAAUUUAUUAAUUAAGAGGACAAGAUUACAGCUUGCUUAUCAGCUUCAA